ACAAUUAAUCUGCAUUUACAGGUUUGUGGGGCAUUUUAAGUCUCGUAAGGAGCGGGAGGCAGAGUUGGGGGCUAAAGCCAUGGAGUUCACUAAUGUGUACAUUAAGAACUUUGGUGAAGAUAUUGACAGUGAGAAACUGAAGAGCAUCUUCACUGAAUUUGGUAAGACCCUUAGUGUCUGUGUGAUGACUGAUGAAAGGGGCCGCUCUCGUGGCUUUGGAUUUGUCAACUUUGAAAACCACAGAGAUGCCAGGAGGGCAGUAACUGAAAUGAAUGGCAAAGAGCUGAAUGGCAGGGUCCUGUAUGUGGGUAGAGCUCAGAAAAGACUGGAGAGGCAGGGAGAACUCAAACGCAAGUUUGAGCAAAUAAAGCAGGAGCGCAUACAACGCUACCAGGGGGUUAAUCUCUACGUAAAAAAUCUAGAUGACAGCAUUGAUGAUGAGAAGUUGAGGAAAGAGUUUGCACCUUAUGGAACAAUCACUAGUGCAAAAGUGAUGACAGAUGGUGGCCACAGUAGGGGCUUUGGCUUUGUGUGUUUUUCCUCUCCUGAAGAGGCCACAAAGGCAGUGACUGAGAUGAAUGGCCGUAUUGUUAGCACUAAACCACUUUAUGUGGCUCUUGCCCAGAGAAAAGAGGAGCGAAAGGCCAUUCUCACCAAUCAGUACAUGCAGAGACUAGCCAGCAUUCGAGCUAUCCCCAGCCCUGCAAUACCCACCACCUACCAGCAGAGUUCCGGUUACUACAUGACCUCUGUGCCACAACAUCAAGUUCGCUCUAUAUACAACACUGUACCAAACCUGCGGCCUGUGCCACGCUGGACAGCUCAUGCUCCUAGGACCCAAGCUCCAUUUACAGCUCAGUUUGUGAGGCAAGCGGUGCCACGCAGGCCCUCCACUACCAUCAGCACAGUCCGCCAGGCCUCCACCCAGGUUCCUCACAUUGUUAACAACACCCAGCGAAUGGCCAAUAUUGGGACACAGACUGCUGGUGGGAGAACUGGAGCUGUAGUCAGAGGAGUCAGUCAAUACAAGUACUCAGCAGGAGUCCGAAAUGUGCAGCAGGUCAUUAAUGCUCCAGCUCCUGUUGUUCAUCAGGUGGUCCAGAAUACAGAGCCGGCAGUUCAUGUGAGAGGCCAGGAACCCCUUACUGCCUCAAUGCUGUCGGCUGCACCCUUAAAAGAGCAGAAACAACUUCUGGGUGAGCGGCUAUAUCCACUUAUCCAGGCUCUGCAUCCUGCACUUGCAGGAAAGAUCACAGGCAUGCUGCUGGAGAUUGACAACUCUGAACUUCUGCACAUGCUUGAGUCUCCAGAGUCCCUGCACUCUAAGGUUGAAGAGGCAGUAGCAGUACUUCAGGCUCAUCAAGCCAAGGAACUGUCAACUAAAUGAGGAAGCUCUGUAAGGCCUGCAGCUGAAGGUCUGUGAAUGUUACAGAGAAUGCGGGAAAUAGUUGAAAACAGCACUUCAGAGUCAUGUUACUUAAUCCAUGGUUUGCACACUGCAAAUGUCCUUUUGCUCUCCACAAUGUUAAGUUUGUUCUGAUUUUGUUUAUUUAAAAAAAUUAAAAAAUAUAGGGUGGGGGGGAGGAGAAAAAUGACAAGAAAGGCUAAAAAUAUUUUUUGAAAUUUCUGUGUGCAAUAAAAUGAUCCUGGCUUAAUAGACCUGCAAAUGGAGUUCAUAAGUGUCUUAUUCUAAUCAUCACUUUUAUUUUGAGAUUUGUGACAUGGCCACAUUUGCAAGGAUUGCACAGAGAUUUUUUUUUAAGAUAAGUGUUGAUGUUUAAGGCAAUCAUCGUGUAAUAGCAUUUUCAGUUUUGCAUUCAAGCAAAAGCAAAACCAAUGUACAAUCCAAUAAACAAUGUUCUUAAUUAAAUAACUUUA